AUGGACUCAAGGAAUUAUUCAUCAUUCAUUGAUCUCGUACGGGGGAAUAUUAAUCUUGAGGAUGAAAUUUUCGAUGUAUCUGAAAGUAGUCCCCUGUUAGUCGAAGAUUCUCCACUGAAUGAUGAAGUUGCCACUUCUAAGAAAAAACAAGCACGUGGUGUCAACUUCAGUGUUGAGGAAGAUAAGCUGCUUGUAGCAGCAUGGCUCAAUACCAGUGUUGAUCCUGUGUAUGGUAAUGAGCAACAUAAAAUAACAUUUUAUGGUAAAGUUGCCAAAUACUUUAUGGACCACAAGACUGAUUCUACACGUAGUGUUGCAUCCCUAACAACCCGAUGGGAAACAAUUAAUAGGGAAAUAGUUAAAUUUGUUGGGUCCUUAGCUAAAAUUGAAGCAAAGAAUGAAAGUGGAACCACGGCUCAUGACAAGGAUUAUCCAAAGUGGGCAUCUACUAUGCCAAGGGGAGAUUCAAGAAAAGAAAUGCCUCAAACUCCAGAUUUAAUAGAUCAAGGAGUGGGGGUUGAUGGUAUUAUGGAUUUCAAGAGGCCAAUAGGUAGAAAAGCUGAAAAGGCUAAUCGAAAGAGAAAAGAUGAUGGGAAAGAUAUUGCAACGGAAUAUUUGAAAAAGAAAAUGAAAGUUCUUGAAGAAGGUUGUGUAGCCAAAAAAGAGAGAUUUAUCUCCAUGGGUCAUUCUUUUUUUCGUAAAUUGCUUGAUGAUGACUUAGAUGAAGAUGAGAUAAUUAUAAAACUUCUCACGGGUUCGACACCACAACGUAAGCAUCGUCGGUAUAUCGAACGUAAUCAUUUGGCAGGCCAUAGAAGGCUUUAUGAUGACUACUUUGCCGAAGAACCUGUAUAUCCUCCCAACUUAUUUCGAAGGAGAUUUCGAAUGAGACGUUCUCUUUUUCUUCGAAUCUUAUCUAGGGUAGAAACUCAUGAACCUUACUUUACCCAAAAAAGAAAUGCUGCCAAAAAUCUUGGUCUAUCUCCCCUUCAAAAGAUGACCGCUGCACUUAGGAUGCUUGCUUAUGGAGUAGCGGCUGAUUUUAUGGAUGAAUAUGUGAGAAUAGCAGAAAUCACUGCAAUAACUAGUUUGAAAAAAUUUGUUGCAGCAGUGGUUGCUAUUUUUUCAGAGGAAUACUUGAGGUCACCAAACAAUGAAGACAUCGCUAGAUUGUUAGCCCAUGGCCAAAAUUGUGGAUUUCUAGGCAUGUUGGGAAGUAUUGAUUGCAUGCAUUGGAAAAGGAAAAAUUGUCCAACUGCAUGGAAAGGGAUGUAUUGUGGUCAUAUUCGUGAGCCAAGUUCUGAGUUAUUUGAGUUAUUGGAUAUGACAGGGCAGCAGGUGUGGCUGGAUUACAUCCCAGCUGGCAUUGCGCCUCUAGUUUCAUUUGAUGCCCAUUGA